AUGGCGAGCUUCACUCUUGCGGAUAUUUCUGAGGUGACCGGGGAGAGGUUCACCACCAUGUUCAGAGAUGAUUAUGUUCCCCCUAUGGAGAGGAAGCGGUUGGCUCAAGAGUUCUUGACCUUCAAGCAAGGUUUGCAUGAAGGUCUAAACGAUCUUGGAAUUCCCGAAGAAGAAAAGAAAAUAUUGCAGUCAUUGGAUCAAGAUGCCAGAAACGGAUUGACACCAAUAAAAUUAAGAGCAAAAUCAGCUAAAUUUGCUAAAGCAACAGUCAAGGCACAAAUGGCAUCAUUCAAGAGAUUUGGAGUAUGGCCAGAUUGGGAUCAUCCUUAUCUCACUCUUGAUCCAGAAUAUGAAGCUGCUCAGAUUGAAGUGUUUGGGCAAAUGGUUUUCAAAAGGUACAUAUACAGACGGAGAAAGCCAGUGCACUGGAGUCCUUCAUCAUGCACUGCUCUUGCAGAGGCUGAAUUAGAGUAUCCUGAAGUCCAUGUUUCAAAGAGCAUGUAUGCAGUUUUCAAAUUACUAACUACUCCAACUAAAGAUGGAUUACUUGAUGAAUUUCCCAAAUUGUCCCUUGCAAUUUGGACCACAACUCCUUGGACUAUUCCUGCAAAUGCUGCUGUUGCAGUGAAUUCCAAGCUCCAGUAUGCCAUUGUUGAAGUGCAAUCACCUUCACCUGAUGUUACUUCAUCUUCUGAAGAUGGAAAGAAGAGAAUUGGUAGUGUUUUGAAAGGCUCUAAGAUACCAUUUUUCAUUGUUGCACUUGACCUUUUGUCAACACUGGAAUCCAAAUGGAAUGUGAAACUUGCUGUUAAGAAAACAGUUUUCGGUUCAGAUCUUGAAAAUUGCAGAUAUGCACAUCCAAUAAAUGGGGAAGAAUGUCCAGUUGUGAUUGGAGGAGAUUACAUCACAACAGAAUCAGGAACAGGACUUGUCCAUACUGCCCCUGGACAUGGACAAGAUGAUUAUAUAACAGGAUUAAAAUACAAUUUGCCAAUAAUAUCCCCAGUAGAAGAUGAAGGAAAAUUCACUGAAGAAGCUGGAAUCUUUGAAGGGCUUGAUGUGUUAGGAGAUGGGAAUGCUGCUGUAAUUGAUCACUUGGAUCAACUUUCAUCAAUUAUCAUGGUGGAACCUUACAAGCAUAAGUAUCCUUAUGAUUGGAGGACAAAAAAGCCUACGAUUUUUAGGGCAACUGCACAAUGGUUUGCAUCUGUUGAAGGAUUCAGAGAGGCUGCUAUGGAUGCCAUUAGUCAAGUAGUAUGGACUCCAUCUCAGGUACUAAAAUGGUUCCAGUUCUUUCUGACGUUUUACAUUUUUAGUCCAAAAUCCGACACUUUUUCAAAAUUAGUCCUUAUUUCAAGGUUUGGGCUGUUACAGGGGGUAGUGAUGGGAUUGCAAAUACCAACUCGGUUUGAGUUCUAUUUUUCAUCCAUCUCUGAUUUGAGUUCACCUCUUCAACGACUGAAGAAUCCAUCUCUUCAUUUUAAUCCAUCGCAGCUCCCUGUGACACACUUACCAACUCGGUUCACCUCUUUGCUUGGUUUAGAUUUUCUUGAUGUCAUAGCUAAACUAAUUAUGUUCUCUUUCUCCUUCUCCAUUUACAGAAUCAAUGAUGGGUUUGGGGAAAACCCUGUGAAACAGCCAUUUGAAUGUGAUGAUUAG